AUGGCCGCGCUGUACGUGGGCGACCUGCACCAGGAUGUGACCGAGGCCAUGCUCUAUGAGAGGCUGAGCCACAUCGGGGUCAUCCUGUCCAUCCGAGUGUGUCGGGACAUGGUGACCGGCCGCUCCCUGGGCUACGCCUGUGUCACCUUCCAGCAGCUUGCGGACGCUGAGCAUGCACUGGACACCAUGAACUUUGACCUGAUUAUGGGGAAGCCCAUGCGCAUCAUGUGGUGGCAGCGGGACCCUUCGCUGAGGAAGAGCGGCGUGGGCAACAUCUUCAUCAAGAACCUGGACAAGUCCAUCAACAACAACAUCCUAUACGACAUUUUCUCAUUUUUUGGCAACAUCCUGUCCGGCAAGGUGGCAUGUGACGAGAACGGCUCCAAGGGCUACGGUUUUGUGCAUUAUGAGACUCAGGAGGCAGCUGAGAGAGCCAUUGUGGAAAUGAACGGCAAACUGCUCAAGGACCGGAAAGUAUUCGUGGGCCGCUUCAAAUCCCGCAGAGAGCGCAAGGCCGAGCUGGCCAGCCGAGCCAAGGAGUUUACAAACGUUUACAUUAAAAACUUUGGCGAAGACAUCGAUGACAGGAAGCUGAGGGGGAUCUUCAGUAGAUAUGGAAACAUCACCAGCAUCCGCGUCAUGAGGGACGAGAACGGACUGUGUCGCGGGUUCGGGUUUGUCAGCUUCGAGAGGCAUGAGGACGCGCAGAGGGUGGUGGAUGAGAUGAACGGGAAGGAGCUGCACGGCAGGACAAUCUACGUCAGCCGCGCCCAGAAGAAGGUGGAGCGCCAGGCUGAGCUGAAGAGGAAGUUUGAACAAAUUAAACAAGAUCGCAUCUCCCGCUACCAGGGUGUCAACUUAUACGUGAAGAACCUCGACGAUUGCAUCGACGACGAGCGCCUGCGGAAAGAGUUUGCACCCUUUGGUAUCAUAACCAGCGCCAAGGUGAUGACGGACGGCGGGCGCAGCAAAGGCUUUGGCUUUGUCUGCUUCUCCUCCCCGGAGGAGGCCAACAAGGCGGUGGUGGAAAUGUACGGCCGCAUCGUGGCCACCAAGCCUCUCUACGUGGCGCUGGCCCAGCGGAAGGAGGAGCGCCAGGCGUACCUGUACAACCAGUACAUGCGGCACAUAACCAGCAUGCAGGCCGUGCCCAGCCAGGUCAUCAACCCCUACCAGGCAGCGGUGCCCCCUGGCUUCUUCCUAGCACCGUUACCGCAGGCGCAGAGCCGUGCCGCUUACUUCCCGGCCACCGCCCAGAUGGCCCAGCUUUGCCCGAGCCCACGCUGGACCACCGCAGACUACCAGAGCCUGCCUGGUGCCAUACGCCCCGCCGCUCCAAGCCCCCCCGCCUUCAGCAGCCUGCGUUCUCACACCCAUGUGCCCCGUAUCAUGGCUCGCCAGCGUGCUGCACCCCAGACUCCCAGCCCGAGGUCCGCCACCCCUUUGUAUGGUCUUCCUCAUUACAGGUACUCCACAGCAGUCCGCAGUCCUCAGGAUCGCAUGCAACAUGUUCAACCACAAGCGGUGGCGGCUGCGCCUGUGCAGCAGCCUGCCGUUCACACUCAGGCACAGAAGCCUCUGACGGCGUCCGUGCUAGCUGCGGCACCUCCACUGGAGCAGAAGCAGAUGCUGGGUGAGUGUUUGUUCCCGCUCAUACAGAACAUGCGUCAGGACCUGGCGGGGAAGAUCACCGGCAUGCUGCUGGAGAUGGACAACUCCGAGCUGCUCCACAUGCUGGAGUCCCCCGAGUCUCUGCGCUCAAAGGUGGACGAGGCCGUGGCGGUGCUCGAGGCCCAUCAGGCCAAGGAGUCUACCCAGAAGACUUACUGACGGACCCAAGGGUGUGACGGGCUCCUCGGGUUGUAAACUGCACUGACGGAGAGAAGAAUCAGAUCAUAACACAAGUAAACGCACCAUAAAACAUAGAAUACAAUCAAAAUGACCAUAAAGUAUCAAACAAUACAUGUGAAAUGACCAUAAAAUAUGAAA